AUGUCGUCAAAUUACCGUGUGAUCGAACCGCACCCUUCCAUCCCUCACAAUGCUCGCCAAGCGCUGCAUACCUCCCGUGGUGGUGCCGGCAAUAUCAUCAGCUUGACCAACACGCGCACCACCGACUCGCAGACGGCCACCGGGCCAGCCUCUCUCACUCGCCUGGACUCGCACGUCCCCAAGACCUACAAAUCUGGCCGCGGCGGGGCAGGGAAUGUCCACAGCAGCAGCGAACGCGCCAUCUUCAGCUUCGACGAGGAACUCGAGCGGGAGCUGCGUCGCGCCGCCCCCGUCUAUCACGUCGGCCGCGGCGGUGCUGGAAACAUGUGCUUCCGAGACAACUACAGCCUCAGCCGCAAGCACUCGGCAGGAAGCACUGCCACAGGCAGCAGCGCCGGCUCGACCGCAGACCGUGCCCGCGAAAAGGCCAAGUCCGCUUUUGAGAAGAGCUGGGGGAAGCUCCGGGGCGUGGCAUGA